AAGGAUUUUAUCUAUUCAUGCAUAAUGGGCUGCGGAAUGAGUACGGAUGGAGCUGCCUCAAAUCAGCACAAUAACCCGAAUGCUGGUGUUGCAAAGGCGCUGCGCAAGUAUUUGAAGCUGGAGCAGGCCAUCAGGCUGCGGGAAAGCAGGAAUCCCUGGCAGAAAAUGCGCCUCAACUUCCUCACACUCGCUGACGUGGAGAAGGAUAUCCGAGCCAAGUCCCUGGAGCUGGCUGAAAUGCAACAGAAAACGCAUUCCCUGGAGAUCCCCACCUUCCGUAUGAUCAAUGCAUUGCAAGUAACCAUUCCUCAUUCUUGUUCACUCAUCCAAUUCUACAAUAGAGGUCACACAGAAGCUGACCUGGUUUCCUUGGAAGGCAUUCUGAAAGCAGAGACGCAAGGAAAUGCAGAUCAAGACAAGAUAGAUGCUUUGACCAGACAAAUUCUGCUCACAUCUGAACUUGGGUCUCUUGAGGCACAAAAAGCGCAGUUGAGCUCGGAAAUAAAAUCCCUGGAGGCAGAAGCCGAGGAGCUGCAAAACUUGUACUCAAAACAAGAUACUGUUCUUGAUGCUGUUUUUGGAGGGGAGUACGGUAGUAUGAAAGAGAACCAGCUAGAGCAGGAAUGGGAGAUUUUCGACAAACGAAGAGAACAAGUCACAGACGUCCUUUCCAGAUGGACACAGGCGAGGUCAAACAUGGUAACUGCUUUCCUGAAAAUCACCAGCGCGUCAGAAUCCAACUCCAGUGACAGAAAUGAGUCAGAGCAGAAGAGAGCAGACGCCAGAAAUGACCUGACAACAGCUGCCAACAGUUUCCAGGCAGCGAGACGCAAUCUGGGCAAUGUUGACACCAGAUAUUGCUCAGACGAAGUUAUCGAUGCUCUGCAAACUGCAGCAGCAGAUGCUUUUAAAGACGGAGACUCCAACAAUUCCCAGACUGAUUCUUUCUAUUCAGAAAUGAUGAGAAACGCUGCUUCUUUUGCUGUUUGGAUUGAUGAGGUGAUAAAAACCAGGAUCCUGCCUCAUCACGAAGCAGAGUCAAAAAAGGCAAAAGAAGCUGAAGUAGCGCUGAGGGCGGAGAGAAUCCAUCUGCUGAAGAAAAAGGCAAUUAUGGAAGAAGUGGGCGUUGAGUAUUCGGAAGAGAACACGGAAAUGAAUCAGCGGAUCAGCGAGGAUGGGACACCCAACAGUUCCGAUGAGGAGGACGCCAUGACCAUCAAUUCGGAUGCCCUGAGGAGCAGAGCGGACCCAGACGUGGGGCCGAUCCCAUCGAUCCAAGACAUCUUGGGCAAGUAUCCUUUCCAAUGCCGUAAUCGAUACCUUGAUUUAUAA